AUGUUUGGAAACUUAAUCAAAAUUACAAGUGAAAAGUGUGAUGGAAGCAAUUUAAUUGCAAACAACACAAAACCAUUGACAUUCAUUGAAAUAAAAGCUGUUGAUGAAGAGAAUUUUGAAGGUUUUCUUAAAGAUCUUGUGACAUUAAUUGAGAUAAUUGAUGAUGUUGUCGCUUCUUUUUAUCAUUUUGAGUUGGGACCAAAACUUCAGAAAACAUUUGAAACUCUUGUAGAAGAAUUAAACGACAGAAAACUGAAACUAAAUUAUCUCAGAAGUUUCUUCACGACAACAACUGAAAGAAUUGAAGCAAUCAAGAAGACAAUCGAAGAUCAACAAAGGAAAAUUAAAGAAAAUAAAGAAAAAAAAUUAAGAAUUCAGCAGCAUAUCUCAAGGUUGCGUGAAAAGUCAACAAAGAGAAAUUUAAGAAUGCUGAGAAAUGAAAAAUUUCAAUCAACUUCAGUAUUGCCAACAAAGACUUUAAGAACGAGAACAUCGCCAAAUAUUGAUUUACAUCUUCGACCGUUAACUGAUUUAUUCUCGGAAGAAAAUGAUUCAAAUUUGAUGAUAUUUAAUGAUGAAAGAAACGAAGAAUAA